AGGCCGUCUUCCUCGUCGCCGUCCUCGCCCUGCCGCGUGAGGGCGCUCCUUCUCAAGUCUCAAGUGUAAAAGGGGAGGAGUGGAUCGCCACUUCCGUCGCUUCAACCUGCCUGCCUGGCCCCCAACGUUCAAAACCCAGGAGCCCUCUUUUCUUUUUUCCUCUUUCUUCCUCAUCUUGAUAAAAGCCCUGUAGCUGGAGGCCUCAGUUACCUUCCCUCACGUUCUGCACCCAUAAUUUAAUCGCCACAGCCCACCAUUAUUUUUUCCUCUCCGAGCUCACCCUGUCGCCUGGCCUGGCCUGUAUAAUAUACUCUCGCCCAAUCUUGUUCUCUCUCUCUGUCCUCCAUCUCUGCUAGCUUCUCUCUCUCUCUCUCUCUCUCUCUUAAGAGGAGGAAGAAGAAGCCGAGGGCAGGGCACAGGAGGAGAGAGAGAGAGAAGAAGCACAGGGCCAGGAAUUGAAUUCCACCGACCCACGCACCUCUCAGUCAUCCCCUUUCCAUUUACCUCCACCUAUAUAGCUCUCCAUAAUUCCCCGGGCCUCCUCUCUCUUGUUAGGAGUACAGUCCUCCUUAUAAUUGGAGUUGUACAAGGCACCCAGCAACUUUCUUCUUCAUCUUCCUCCCCCCAUCUCUCUCUGUCCAUCCAUCGACACAGCCAGCCACCAAGCCAAGCAGGAGGAGUAGAGUACAACCAGAGAAAGAGAGUUAGCUCGCAGCUCCUUGAUUCCACCCACCACUGUCCCUUAUUUACAGGCGUUCGUGAUCAGCAACAGCUAGUCGUCAGCUAGAGUGCAGCAGGCAGAGAUAGCUAGCCAGCAGCUAGAAAAAAAAGGGGGACCUGUGUUUCUGUGUGCACCAAGCAACCCAGCCCAGGGAGGAGAAGAGAGCUAGCGAGCUUUCCUUUGGCCGAUCGUUUCCGAGGAAGAGAGCGAGCAAGCAGGAAUUCACACAGGUGCACAAUUCAUUCAACCAUCUUUUCAAUUCCUGGGAAAGAAAAAGACAAAGGGGAACACACAGAAUAAAAGGCCUCCAGUUUGGAUUGUUUCUGAAUUUGAAGACUGCAAAACUUGCUUGAGGGAGGGAGCUUGCGAAGCUUCCGGUUUUACAAGAACUUGGAUAGACACGUUUGAACUGGUGGAAUUGGAAUUGACUGGGAUGGAUGCUCAGGGUCACACGGUACUCCAUUCCCAGCCUUUUUUUCCACAGCGUCCUUGUCUGUCUGUACCUUUGCAUGCACCCCCCCAUGCUUUUACAGAUACUCCGCUUCCCUUCCUUCCAGUCUGGAUUCUCUGGAAGCCGAGGGGACAGGCAGACAGUGGAAAAUGUCCAAAUUUGAAUAGUUGCCACGUACUGCUGCUGCAGCAUAUUUGGAUUGGAGGGGUAAAAGAUUAAAAUGCGUAGGAAGUAAAAAGACAGGAAGAUUCCUUGCAUUAUUUCCAACCAGUGUGAUCGGAUCAACGCAAAUGGUGAACUGACUGGGGAUAAUAAAAUAAAAUAUAAAAACGGGCUACUAGGAAGAGUAGAAUUCCUCGGGGUUUUCACCCGAGGGCUUGGCAAUAAUUAGCUGCUUUACCGAGGGGCGAAGGCGCUUCGAUUCGAAGCAGCCGCCAGGUGGCAGCGCAAUGACGCGUCCGGGCCAAUGGCGCGCCUCCACGUCAGCGCAUCUCUUUUGACAAAUUCCUUGUGCUGGCCGCUUUGACUUUUACACCGGUACACCAGCCCCACCACCUUGGCGGUGAAUCAAUCAAACGCUCUGAUUUUUCUACCUCUUUCUUUUACACGUAAAUAUUUAAUAUUUUUUUCUACUAAAAUACGAUUCAUCGCCUGCAUGUACUUUCUACUCCAUCUGGUCGCCUAUGCUUGCUUCAGAAUAAAGAAAGCCCGAGAAAAUCCACCCGCCCCGCGGGCCGUCACAUGCGCUGCUCACAUGGUGCGUGGGCCCCGCGCCCGGCCCGCAUCAUCAUGCACCGCAUACAUAUGGCCCUGGAGCCCGCCCAGCCGUCACUUUGAAAAAAAAAAAUCUCUCCUCCCUUCUCUCUCCUCAUUUGUUUGCUUACAGCUCAUCCAUACCGCAAAGCCAAGAUCACAUUUUGAUUAGUGCUAAAGGAGGGGUAGACUAGCAAGGUGUGUCAUCAUCAUCCUCCAUCCAUACCAUCCAUCCUGCAACGCGUCUUGAAAAGGGAGGGGAGGGAUUUGUGUUGGGCAACGUCUCUGCCAAAGAUACAAAUUCAUCCAUAGCCAUAUAUGCAGGCGUAUCUUUGGAAUCAAUAAAUAUUUAGGCGAUUGAUCGGAGACAGAUGGCGAGCGCCGGAUUCGUGGAGGAGAUGAUGAGGGAGCAGAGCCUCCUGGAGGCGACCUGCGGCGACCUAUUCGACCACAUCGACGACUUGCUCGACUUCCCCAAGGAGGAGUCCGCCGCCGACGUGCUCCUCCUGGACGCGCCGGCGCCGGGGAGCCCGCUCUCCGCGCGCAUCAUCGACGUCGGCGGCCGCGGUGGCAAUGCGCCGGCCGCGCCCGCGCCCCCCGCGCUGGAGCCGCUGAUGGCGCUGCCCCCGCCCGCGGCGCAGGACGAUGCCGCCGCCUUCUUCGCCGCCGCGGGGGCGCCGGUGUUCGACGCCAAGGACGUUGGCGGCCACAUUGGACCGUGCGAUGACCUGGACAUGGACAUGGCGCAGCUGGAGUGGCUGUCGGGGCUCUUCGACGACGCCUCCAUCCCGCACGAGCCGGCGUUCCCGGGGGCCAGCUGCGCGGCCCCCAUCAAGAGCUCCGCGCUGGCGGCCAACGCCGGCGUCGCGCUGCUGCCGCCGGACAAGAUGGAGGACGCGCUCUUCCGAAGCUCCAGCCCCAUCUCGGUGCUCGAGCAUAACAGCUUCAACGCUAACAACAACGUGGGCUCCGCGUCCUCGUCGUCCUCCUCGGCGUCGUCCUCAUCGGAGUCCUUCUCCGGGAGCGGCGGGCACGCGUGGUCGGCGCCCGUGUCGCCGCGCCCGGAGCCGCCGGUGCUCGUCAUACCGGCGCGCGCGCGGAGCAAGCGCUCCCGCCCGUCCGCGUUCACCGGCGCCGCGCGCGCCGCGGAGGCGCCCACCAUCCUCGUGCCGACGCCCAUGUACUCGUCAACCUCCUCGCACUCGGACCCCGAGAGCAUUGCCGAGUCCAACCCACACCAGGCGCCGCCCAAGAAGAAGAAGAAGGCCAAGAAGCCGGCGCCCCCCGCGCCGACCGCCUCUGACGCGGAAGGUGACAACGACGGCGACGCUGACUAUGAGGAAGGCGGCGAGCGCUCGCAGCCUCAGGGCACCGUGAGGAGGUGCACGCAUUGCCAGAUCGAGAAGACACCGCAGUGGCGCGCGGGUCCCCUGGGCCCCAAGACGCUCUGCAACGCCUGCGGCGUGCGCUACAAGUCCGGGCGCCUCUUCCCGGAGUACCGCCCCGCGGCGAGCCCCACCUUCGUGCCGUCCAUCCACUCCAACUCCCACAAGAAGGUGGUGGAGAUGCGCCAGAAGGCUGUCCGGAGCGGCGACCCGUCGUGCGACCUCCUGCAGUUCAUCCGCCGCCGGGAUUAAAUCGUCGGUCGGUCGGUCUCGUCCCCCUUAGCUAUAUAUGUAUACAUGUUAGUAUGUAUGCAUGAAUGGUUGCUUCAUCAGUCGUCAGUCGUCGUCGUCGUCGUCUUCAUCGUGGUCAUCAUCAUCAUCACCGCCAUGGAUCCAUCCAUCUUCACCUGCAUGUGUUUCUGUCAGCAUCCAUCAAAUCCAUCGCCGGGCAUCCUGGCGUUAGUUCAUUAGGGCUUUUUUCAUCGGGGGUUAGUGUUAUUUUAUCUUUCCUUUUUGUCUAUUGGUUAAUUGGUUCCCCUGAAUGUUUUUUUGUUUGUAUAGAGAGAGAAAGAGAGAGGAGGGUGGGAGAGGAGGGCAGGAGAAAUAGAUGAAUCAGAGUGGUUGUUGCAUUGCAAUUGCAGUUGCUUGCAAGUUAGGUAGGUGAGAAGGAGAGCUAAACCAGCAGCAGAGGGAGACAGAUUUAGAGAGGAAACUUUGCAGCUAGUCAGUCAGUCAGUCAAUUAGAAGAAAAGUGUUUCAGCAAGUGAAAGGGGAGUUUGUUGGCUUGCUAAUUAGAAGGAGGAAGAUUCUGUGAGGUCAGGUAGUAGCUAUCACACAUCAGGAUUUGAAACUUGAAGAGAGGGGGACAGCCAUCAUCCAUCAUAGUCUGUAUUUGGAGCUUGGUGUACUGAACUCUGAAAAUUCUUUUUGCAGUCCAUCUAUGUUUAGGGAUUGAUAAGUGUUGUUUGGUUUCUUCUAUACUAGUAGUGCUACAUUUUAGCGAAUAAUUAUAUGAGAAUCUCUUUCGUUUC